CCGUCAUUUGAUUUGGUUACGACUUUUCUCACUGCGGUGAAAUUUCCUCAUUUUGAACGCUUUGAAUUCAUCUUGGACUAGAAAUAUUUACUUGACGUUGCAUCGGAGAAUUCAUUAAAACUUUCUUUCUAGAUAUUGACUUUGGAUGACUUUUCUGUGACCCUGCAAAUACGGAUUUCAAUUCACGAGUCUCAGCCGAAUUUGGAAUUUUGAAUAUGGCGGCACGUUCAUGUACUGACACGUCAUACGCUAGGAAAGCGAGUAGCGAUCUCCCGUCUUCACAACCAAUCGGAGGUAAGCCUAUCUUCAUUAAACAUAAGGACAUACCAUCGGUUAAUGAAAAUACGCUAACAAACCAGGAAGUAUACAAAUGUCUACUGAGUAGCGUACAAGGACGUGAAAUAAAGGGAGUGCAGAAAAUUGGAGGCCUUUGGAGACUCUAUAUCGAGAGUCAAAACUCUAGAAUAAAACUCAUUACAAAUGGAAUAAAUAUGAGAAACGCAAACGUAACAGUGUAUGACACAAACCCUUUUCUUUCCGCUGGGAAAGAAAAUAGCCUACGUCUAGUGAUUAGAGAUAUCCCUCUAUCUGCACAUGACACUUUGAUAGCUGAUGAACUUGAUAAAUUGAACUGUAAGAUACUUGGACCUAUAAUUUACCAGAGGCUAAGGGUGGAUGGUCAAUUGACGGACUGCUUCACUGGUGACAGGGUUGUGUACAUACAGCCACCCCCCAAACCCUUGCCCAGAUUCUUGACCUUUGGCCCCUUCAAAGGGAAGAUUUUUCACUUUGGCCAGAUCCCAUCUACCCAAAGAUCUACUGUGGUGUGUUCGAGAUGUCUGAGCGAAGGUCAUCAUCGAUCACUGUGUAGCAAUCCUGUCGUUUGUCGUCGAUGUAAACAACCAGGCCAUCUUCAAAUGCAGUGCCUUUUUGAUGCCACGCCCACCUCGCAGAGCAGUUCCUUUGAUAGCCACGUCGAAGAUCGUACGGCAGCCACAGCCAGCCCAGCGGAACAAGCCAUAGACAAGCUUCUAGCUUCGAAACGUCAAGCGAGUUCGCUGCACCAUGACAACCAGACGCCAUCCCAAGCGAAGAUCACACAAUACCUCAUAGGAGAUCGCGAUCGCAGUACAGCAAUGAGAGAUCCAGCCACUACAGUGACGCUGACUACACACGGAUCGAAUGCCACAGUUCUUUCAGCCGAUGUUUCUGAUGCACCUGAUCACGAUACACGUGGAGUCUUCCGUUCACAUUCAACCAUAGCAACGGAUGACAGUUCCAGUGAUGUUACGCUGAGCGAGGAUGACGUCACUGUUCAUGAGUUGUCAGAGUUAUCUGCCGAAUCUCCCGUAUUACCGAAGCAUACAACGAAGACAAAGAGCGCAAUCGUAAAGCAGAAGAGAAAACAAAAAUCUCUACAGAAACUUCCAAAGAAGAAAUAAAGCGAAGAACGAUAAACACUUUGUUUUGUUUCUUUUCUUUUUUGUUGUUAAACUACUUUUUCCCCCAAUCAUUUCAACUUCAUGACAAAUUGUCACAUUCUAA